GUUUGGUACCAUGGCACAUGAGAUUGGUCACGCUAUGGGAUUCUGGCAUGAACAUGCUCGACCAGACCGUGAUGACCACAUCAAAGUUGUUUACAACCAGAUCUCAAGCACCAAGCAAUCUCAAUUCAGCAAACAGAACUGGGUGAACACCAAAAGUUAUGGGGUUGACUAUGAUGUUGGCUCUGUCAUGCACUACCAUUCAAAGUCAUUUACAAAAGCUGGCCAAUUGACUAUUAAGACCAUAAACCCACUGUAUCAAAGGACUAUUGGACAAAGGGUGGCUCUAUCAUUUGCUGAUGUGAAGGUUGCUAACAUGGCCUACUGCGCAGGCAAGUGCCCUCAGCCUAGCAGCUUACUAAAGCCAUGUCUACAUGGUGGAUACCAGGACCCCAAGGCCUGUGAUAGAUGUAGAUGUCCUGAUGGGUUGGCAGGUACAUACUGUGAUCAAGUUGCUCCUCCAAAGAUUGCUGAGUGUGGUGGAGAGGUUAUAGCUGAGAGUAUGAACACUGUCCAUUCACAGAGUAUAGAAUCUCCAGGAUAUAACUUAGGCCAAUAUGACAAUGGACAAGAGUGCAGCUGGCUUAUAAAGGCCCCAGCCGGUUCAAGGGUAGUGUUGUACUUUGUGGACACAUUCAGAGUGUUUAUAACAGCAUCGUCAAAUGGAAAAUCUUGCUUUCAUUGGGUAGAAGUAAAAUACAAGAACAACAAGGAACAAACUGGACCAAGGUUUUGUGGCUAUUCCACUCCCAGUGAGAGGGUAGAAUCUGAAGGAUCUGAAAUGCUUGUUCUCUUAAGAGCCAACCAUACUGUCUCCCGCUACAAGAGAUUUGGAUUCAAGGCAAGAUUCUAUGCAGAGCCUAUAGACGAAUGUGCCAAUGCUCCAUGUGGUAAUGGUAGUACAUGUAUAGAUGACAUCAAUGACUACACAUGUGAAUGCUUGGAGGGAUUCACUGGAAAGAAUUGUGAUGAGCAAAUAGAAGUAGACAUAUGUGCAGCGAGAUGUCUAAAUGGAGGUACAUGUACUAUAACAGAUAGUGGAGAUGGGUUUGAAUGUACUUGUACACCAGGGUUCACUGGGACAACUUGUGAAAUAGCCAUGCCAACCCCUGCUGCUGAGCUGGAAACAACACCCGGACAGAGAGAUGGCAGAUGUCCUGAGGAAUCUGUUCAAUUGCCAGGAGGAAAAUGUGAAGUUGCUGUGAUAUCAGAGUGGAGUAGCUGGAGUGAGUGCAGCAGUAACUGUGGAGGUUGUGGCUUAAGGUACCGCUCCAGGAGGAUCACUACCAGCCUCUUUGGUAAAGUGAAUACUGAAUCUAAGCCAUGUAACAUACAACGAUGUGCAGAGACGAAUGAUUGUGCAAGUAGGAGAAUAUGUGAUGCAUUCCCACAUACAGAACAAUGUAAAAGGCCGUGUCCAAGGUGCUGCCAGGGGUUCCAUGAAGACUCCAGUGGUAACUGUAUUCUAACCCUUUAGAAUAAUACAAUAUUGACUUUAUACAUGAGACAAUUUAUAAAUAUUAAAUAAAAGUACAAGUUUGCUUCCAACUACCAAAAGAACAGACAAUGGUAUAUGGAUUUUUAUAUUUAAAUACAACUAAUUUCAGUAUUAUGGACUUGGCCUAUCUCAAAAGUAUGCAAUGUUAUGGGAGAGGUGUAUAUAAGUGAU